UCCUGAAGUCAACUGUUAAUAUUAUUUACGUAAUUACAUUAUAAUAUUUUUGUAUUACUUGAUAAUAUUUUGUAUUAGUAACUACAAUGCUUUAAUUUGGAGGUAAAGUUGUUUAUAUUUAUUGUACUUUAUAAUCGGUAAACACAUGAUGUCACUUCCGCUAAAUUACUUCCUGUUGGUUGACUUCCGGUAUUUGUUCGAAAGCUAGAGAUACAUUUUGUGGUCUUCUGUAGUACUUUCUGUUGCCAUCCUACACAAAGCGGCGAAGAAGCAAUGCCAUGCAUCCUGCAAGGCCAUUGGUGCUGUGGCUUACCUGAAAGUGGUCCAAGAAGAUGGAGAGGCCGAAGUCGGAUUUGUGAUGGGAAAGGCCAAGUUGGCACCCCAGUCUGAACCUACUAUCCCAAGGCUCGAGCUCUGUGCUGCUGUGCUAGCCGUAGAGAUGGCAGAUCUCAUCCAAGAUGAGCUGGACCUCAAGUUCGAUGAAGUUCGCUUCUACACAGACAGUAAGGUAGUGCUUGGAUACAUUUGCAAUGAGAAAAAACGUUUCUACACCUACGUUCAUAACAGAGUCCAGCGUAUUCGUCAAUCUUCAAAUCCCGAUCAGUGGAACUAUGUGUGCACGGAGGAAAACCCUGCAGAUCAUGCGUCAAGAUCUUUACCUGUAUCAAGCCUUGGACAAACAUCUUGGUUUAUCGGCCCUGCAUUCCUGCGAAAGACAUCUGCAAAGAUGACACAAACCAGUGAAAGAUUUGAGCUCAUUGGACCAGAUAACGACUCUGAAAUCCGACCACAAGUGCAGACCUGCGCUACUUACCUGGAACGUCAGAUACUCAACCCAGAUCGCUUCCAACGAUUUUCCACUUUCACUUCCUUGGUGAGGGGUGUAGCAUUCCUCAUCCACGUCGCAAGAACAUGCAAACGGUCUAAUCAAAAAGAUGGAUGCAAAGGCUGGCACAAGUGUCACCAACCACGCACUGCAGAUGAAAUUGCCCAAGCUAAAUAUAUUAUUCUGAGGGCAGCACAAAAGGCAGCCUUCUCAGGAGAGCUUUUAGCUUUACAAGAAAACAAGCCAGUUUCAAGAAACAGCCCUUUGUUGAAACUCAACCCAACAUUGGAGGAUGGACUCAUUUGUGUGGGAGGUAGACUAAAGUGCUCUGAACUCACACUUUUAGAAAAGAAUCCUGUAAUUCUCCCCAAGAAAAGCCACAUCUCUGUGUUGCUCACACACCACCACCAUGUGCAAGUAAAACAUCAAGGCCGUCAUUUUACUGAAGGAGCCAUCAGAGCAGCAGGAUUGUGGAUUCUAGGUGGACGGUCUUUAAUCAACUCAAUUCUUCACAAAUGCACAAUCUGUCGUAGACUUCGAGGGAAGGUUCAAGAACAACAAAUGGCUAAUUUGCCUCCGGAACGUCUUAAAUCCUGCCCUCCUUUUACGUAUGUGGGCGUCGAUGUCUUUGGACCCUGGUCUGUCUUAACCAGACGUACCAGAGGAGGACAAGCAGAGAGCAAGCGGUGGGCCAUGAUGUUCACUUGUCUUAGUUCGAGAGCUGUUCAUAUCGAGUUAAUCGAGUCUAUGGACACUUCAAGUUGUAUCAACGCCCUCAGGCGUUUUUUCGCACUUCGAGGUCCAGCAAAUCAACUUCAUUCUGAUUGUGGCACUAAUUUUACGGGAGCAUGCAAAGAGCUUGGAAUGAACAAGGCGGUGCAGAACUUCCUCAGUGAAAAGCAGUGCAUUUGGAAAUUCAACCCACCACACGCUUCCCACAUGGGAGGCUCUUGGGAGCGAAUGAUCGGGAUUGCAAGAAGAAUCCUGGAUUCAAUGUUACUGCAGCAUGGGACUCGUAUAACCCAUGAAGUUCUUUGCACUCUGAUGGCGGAAGUCACUGCAAUUAUAAAUGCACGACCACUUCUGCCUGUAUCCAUAGAUCCACAACAACCCUUCAUUCUUUCACCAGCAAUGCUCCUAACACAAAAGGCAGGAGCUCCACCUCCACCUGGAGAAUUCACAGAGAGGGACCUUUACACCAAACAAUGGAAGCAAGUGCAAGCAUUUGCAAACCAGUUUUGGAGCCGAUGGAGAAGGGAGUACCUUCCUUCUUUGCAACAGAGACCGAAAUGGAAUAUGUCAAGGCGAAACCUUCAAGUAGGAGAUCUAGUUCUCCUCAAGGACAAGCAAGCUGCACGUAACUACUGGCCUAUGGCCAUGGUCACCGCCACGUUCCCCGGGAUCGACAAUUUGGUCAGGAAGGUCGAAGUGAAGACUACAGACCAAGGAACCCCAAAAACAUUUUUGAGACCAGUAACAGAAGUUGUUUUACUCCUGCCCAAAGACUAGAGUUAUUUGGUGACCUUAGUGGCCUCACAUAGGCCAGGCGGGGAGUGUGUUGUCCUGAAGUCAACUGUUAAUAUUAUUUACGUAAUUACAUUAUAAUAUUUUUGUAUUACUUGAUAAUAUUUUGUAUUAGUAACUACAAUGCUUUAAUUUGGAGGUAAAGUUGUUUAUAUUUAUUGUACUUUAUAAUCGGUAAACACAUGAUGUCACUUCCGCUAAAUUACUUCCUGUUGGUUGACUUCCGGUAUUUGUUCGAAAGCUAGAGAUACAUUUUGUGGUCUUCUGUAGUACUUUCUGUUGCCAUCCUACACAAAGCGGCGAAGAAGCAAUGCCGUAAGUUGUCUUUAAUAAGUUAACAUGUCAGACACGUUAAAAAAGUGUAAUAGUGCCGAUAUGUUAAAUAUAAUUGUCGAAUUAGAUACAAUGUGUUCAAGUCAUUUAGGCAGACGGGAGUCUCCCUCUGCUGGACAUUUUCCGACAUUACCGUUACAUUUUUAUAUGUCAUUGUAAACGAAUAUGUACAGAGGCAAUAAGUGUGUUGUGUGUUGUGUCUCUUGUUCUUUUCAGUUUUUCACCAUCUUGUCUAUGAAGGAAUUGUCAAAAGUAAAUGGUCAAGCUUACAA